UAUAUAAAUUCAGCUAAUCACAUUGACUGUUUGAUCUUGGUUCUUAGAUGACAACAAAGCUAUAUCCUUCAGAAUUUGUAGUCUUUGGUGUGUAUUCGUUGUGUCUGUGGAUGUUUUCCAUUAUGAUUGACUCGAUUCGAUUCCUUCUUUGGUUUGUUUUCCUGUUAUGUUUGUUGAAUCCACUUGCUUAUGUAUUUAGAGUCGAGAAAGUGUCUCAAAGUCAUCACUACUUCGAUGUACCAUGUAAGUGAAAAAUGCAAAGGAAUUUCAUACACUAGUAAUGCGUGCAAUAAUAGUCAUGUUAAAAAUACAAGGAAUUUCAUCAUGCAAUACAUUAUGAGUAUAAUGUAAAAAAUACAAUAUUCUUUCCCAUCCCCCUGGGAAUUUUUGUGGCUCUACUUUGCACCCAGCCAUGUUCGGUGUUACUGACUAAAUUUUGAACGAGUUG